UAGGUCUCUAAGAAUAAACCUUAUCUUUAUGGCAAGUUUAAAUUGAUUUCUGACUUAAUGUUUGAUUUCAACAAACUAAAGGUGGUUUUAAUAAUACGUAUAUUUUGCACACAGAAUGUCCUAAUCUUUGAGUAGGUAAAACACUAGUGUAGCAUCACAGAGAUUUGUUGUAUUUUCAUCUUGCUUUUUCUUUCAAUAAAAUAUCUCCAUCCUUGUCCUACAUCACCGCAACUUAGAACGUCAUUGACCUCUUUCAUCCCCACUUUUGGUCUCUGUCAGUCGAUAUUUCGCGCUUGUAUACGUAUGUACACAAACCGAUAGUAGUGUGCGUUGAAACAGGCAUUGCGUCUGUGCAGCGUAUUGAUGUAAACAUUCUCUUGUCAUUUUAUUUCAGUGCGUUUGGAGAACUGUAUGGAAAUCCCUCCGAGGCGCAUCUGAAAAAGAUGUGAACAGCUGAUACAUUCAAUUUUUAAAAUUAUAGUGUACCCCGAUGUGUUAAAUGGUUGUUAAAUAUUUUUUUUUGAAAAUUUAUCGUGACGAAAAGUGCAGUAAAAGUCUUUGUUUAUAGAAGUGUGAAAAAGGUAUAAAUAAAGCGGAAUCAUAGAGGGAAGCCAACAUGCCGUCGCUCUUAGAAGCUCUAGAGCGGAAAUAUGGUGCGAAGGGCGAAGUGAAUGCUCCAAUAGAUGACAUGCCAGUGGCAAUAUUUGUGCCCAAGCGCUCCCCUCGGCUGAGUGUACCCACGCUACUGGUGCUCAAUGAUUGCGAGAUCGACUGCGCCGGAGACGCCCGUGCUCUCGCCGAUAAAUGUGCUGAUGUUGUCGAACUCGAUCUAGCUAACAAUAAACUCACAGAGUGGAAUGAAGUUUUUGCAAUACUGGAGCAAACACCACGAGUAAGGUUUCUCAACUUGAGCUUCAACCGUCUAUCGGCUCAGAUACAGGCGGCACAAACGUUACAGCCUCGUUGGGACAGUUUGAGCCACCUUAUUCUGAACUCCACAUACGUCGGUUGGCCGAGCGUCCACGCAUUACUCAAAGCUCUACCAGCUCUGGAGGAGUUGCAUUUGAGCCUGAACGAGUACUCCUAUGUGGACUUCUCCGGACAAGAGGUUGAUAAAGAAGCUCAGUGUGAGGCGUGUUCACGACUCAACUCUGAUGUCAACACUGAGCCCGUGCAUGAGCAGCUAAAGAAACUUCACUUUUCCGGGAAUCACGUUAGCAGUUGGCGAGAGAUCUCAAAACUCGGCUACGCCUUCCCAAACUUGGAAACUCUACUGGUCAACGACUGCCCAAUAACAACACUAGCGCCAGACCCGUGUGACAAAUGUAGUGAUGAUAAUGGAAAUAAGAAAAGCCACGAUGCCUUCCCACACCUCCGCUUCCUAAACCUGAACAAUACGGGUUUAGCGACGUGGGACGAGGUGGAUCGACUGGCACAGUUUCCUGCUCUCAAGAGUUUGCGGGUACAGGGCUGGCCAUUAUGGGACCGAGUGGAGUCAACGGAGCAUGAGAGACGGUUGUUACUGGUGGCUCGGUUGCCGCACGUAAGAACCCUAAACGGAGGCGGGGCGGUGCCAAUCGAAGAGAGAGAUGCGGCCGAGAGAGCCUUCAUUCGAUACUACAUGGAGAAACCUGAAUCGGACCGCCCUGAUAGAUAUUGGGAGUUGGUGAGUGUCCACGGUAAACUGGAUCCUCUGGUGUCUGUGGACCUUAGGCCAGAGAAGCGCGUGCAGAUCACCUUUACGUGUGGCGACCACAGCGAAGUACGCACCGUUGACGUCUACAGAACCGUAUCUGACUUGAAAACGCGGCUAGAAAGAAUGGCUGGUUUCCCCGCUUCUAAAAUGAGACUCUUCUACGUCGACCAAGAACUACGAGAUUCUCAGCCUUUUCAGGGUCCUGAGGAAAUGAGGUACCCUACUAAGCAGCUGUACUCCUACAACAUCAGGUCCGGAGACGAGAUCAUCAUAGACUCCAAGUUGAAACACUCGAUUUCCGCCAACUCUACGGCGUGAGACGGCGGAACAAUACAAUGUCGGCUGCAUUUCUACAUUAUACCUAAUACUACACUACUUAUUCAAACAAAAUAAAUAAAUUACCCUUUCGAGGAAUUAAGACUGAGAAAAGGCCAGUCUUACUUGAAUCAUUUCAAUAAGUCU